UUAAUUUUAGUAGUGUUAAGCCUAAUAUAUAAAAUACGGUAAAGAACGGCAUACCUCUGACGUCAUAAACAUUUGUCCAAUCACAAAUUUAACCGAACUGUCCUUUGGUAUACUGCACGCCAACAGAGCAGAGUGCAAAAAUGGCCGAAUCGACAGGAAAGCCGGCUAUGAAGAGCUUGUUCCCAAGUCCAUUCAAAACGCUCCAGUGCGGUUCUGGAGAUAAAGAGGAAUACAGCUGUGAGUUUGGAUCACAAAAAUUUUAUGCACUUUGCGGAUUUGGCGGUAUUCUGAGUUGUGGUCUUACCCACACAGCUGUUGUACCACUUGAUUUGGUCAAAUGUAGAAUACAAGUAGAUCCAGCCAAAUAUAAGAACAUUGUCAAUGGAUUUAAAGUGACAUUAGCUGAAGGUGGCACAAGAGCACUCGGUCUAGGAUGGGCUCCAACCUUCAUCGGUUAUUCUAUGCAGGGCUUGUGUAAAUUUGGGUUCUAUGAGGUCUUCAAAAAUGUUUACUCUGGUAUUUUAGGAGAGGAAAAGACGUACUUGUGGAGAACCUCAUUAUACUUGGCUGCUAGUGCAUCAGCAGAGUUCUUUGCUGAUAUUGCUCUGUGUCCUAUGGAGUCUGUGAAAGUGAGAAUUCAGACAAAACCAGGAUGGAGUACAACAUUGAGAGAGGGUGCACCUAGAAUCAUGAAAGAAGAAGGCUUGAAUGGGUUUUACAAAGGCAUUGUCCCAUUGUGGAGCCGACAGAUUCCAUACACAAUGAUGAAGUUUGCCUGCUUUGAAAGAACAGUAGAAGCUCUGUACAAGUAUGUUGUACCAAAACCAAGGUCAGAGUGCACAAAAGGAGAGCAGUUGGUUGUUACAUUUAUGGCUGGAUACAUUGCUGGAGUAUUCUGUGCUAUUGUGUCCCAUCCUGCUGAUACAAUCGUGUCCAAGCUGAACACAGAUGCUGGAAGUACUGCCGUGGAAGCUGCAAAGGCUCUUGGAUUCAAGGGAUUGUGGAAGGGUCUCUUCCCCAGGAUUAUCAUGAUCGGUACACUGACUGCCCUGCAGUGGUUUAUCUACGACUCUGUGAAGGUGUUCUUCCGUCUGCCACGUCCACCACCGCCAGAGAUGCCCGCCAGUCUCAAGAAAAAGCUUGGCAUCACCGAAUAAUGACAUUCUAAAAUGGAAAAU